AUGUCUAGAAACUUAAAAUUGGUGAUAACAAGUUCUCGCAUUCUCGCUUCCGGGUCAACUGAUCCGUCACCUGGUACAAUUGAAAUCGAUAAUAACGGUAGCAUAAUUUCUAUUCUACCGAAUAAAACUUCAUACGAAUCGUACGGUUUUCUCGAGAGGACUCAAUUUUACGACGUUGGUGAUGAUGUUGUUAUGCCAGGUGUAAUCGACGCUCAUGUACACUUGAAUGAACCGGGUAGAACCGAUUGGGAGGGUUUUGAGACCGGAACGAAAGCGGCUGCUGCGGGAGGAGUAACUACAGUUAUUGAUAUGCCCUUAAAUUCUAUUCCUCCAACUACCACCGUUAACAACUUGAAGCAGAAAAUUGUAUCGUCAAAGGGAAAAUGUUGGGUUGAUGUAGGAUUUUAUGGCGGUGUAAUACCAGGGAACAAAGAUGACCUGAUACCGCUAAUUGAAGCGGGCGUUAAGGGAUUCAAAUGUUUUUUGAUAGAAAGUGGAGUUGAAGAAUUUCCUUGUGUAAAUGAGCAGCAAGUGAGAGAUGCCUAUGAACGACUACAGGGUCAAAAAAUAUUCUUUAUGUUUCAUGCUGAGAUGGAGCUUGAGGAUCAAAAAUCUUGCGAGAUCUUGGACGAUCAGACUUAUCCGUCUUACAUUUAUAAAAAAUUUCUUGAUUCUCGUCCGAAAUCCCUCGAAUAUAACGCGAUUUCACUUGUUAUCAAAGUUGCUAGAGAAUUUCCUACGGUGCGGACUCACAUAGUUCAUUUAUCGGCCGCGAAUGCCAUCAAUAUUAUUCGCAAGGCCAAAUCAGAUGGAAUUCCUCUGACCGUCGAGACAUGUUUUCAUUAUUUGUGCUUAAAUUCUGAAGAAGUUCCAUUGGGAAGAACCGAUUUUAAAUGCUGUCCUCCUAUCAGAGAAGAAAGUAAUAGGGAAGAAUUAUGGAAAGUAAAUACCACAGUGAAAAUUGCCUUGCUUGAUGGGACAAUAGAUUACGUGGUGUCUGAUCACUCGCCAUGCACAGCAGAUCUUAAACAGUUUGAUAAAGAGGCCAAGGAUAGAGACUUUUUGAAGGCGUGGGGAGGAGUAUCCACUCUACAAUUCGGAUUGCCUGUGUUAUGGACGGAGGCUAGAAAACGCGGUUGUAGUUAUCAUCAUUUGACAACUUGGUUGUCCAAAAACACCUCUAAACAAGUCGGACUAGACAGCAAAAAAGGUGAAAUCAAGAUCGGUUAUGAUGCAGAUAUUGUAAUUUGGUCGCCCGAGGAAAAAUUUAAAAUAUCGGCGGAUAUCAUUCAAUUCAAAAAUAAAAUCACCCCCUACGCAGGAAAAGAUUUUUAUGGUGUUGUAAAGAAAACCAUUAUUAGAGGAAAUAUCGUUUAUGACAUUGAUAAUGGUGGUGUUAUAGGCACACCCAUAGGCUAA